GAGGACUGGUGGCCAAUUUAAGAACACACCUAAAAUUGAAAGUGCAGUGCUGACUAGAUCUAAAAAAUAAUCAUCACAAAUGAUCAACUUCAGGUUCGUGCUGGUCUCUUUCACGCGAACUGCGAGCACAGCAAGAUGUUUACGGCUAGCGCCAAGAUAAUGAAGAGCGGGGGCGCUGAGGCCGACCCGUUCGAAACCAGCAUCUCGCAAGCCCUUUUCGAGCUGGAGAUGAACACCGACCUCAAGUCCCAACUGCGCGAGCUUUACAUCACCAAGGCAAGGGAAAUAGAAACUAACAACAAGAAGUCAAUCAUUAUCUACGUACCAAUGCCGAAGUUGAAAGCUUUCCAAAAGGUACAGACACGUCUAGUACGCGAACUAGAAAAGAAGUUUUCUGGAAAGCAUGUCAUGUUUGUUGGGGAGAGGAAGAUCCUUCCCAAACCAACAAGAAAGACUCGCACCAAGAACAAGCAGAAGCGUCCUAGAAGCCGAACUCUUACGGCAGUUUACGACUCUCUCUUGGAGGAUUUGGUGUUCCCUGCUGAAAUUGUUGGCAAACGUAUUCGUGUCAAGCUGGAUGGCUCGCAGCUCAUCAAAGUUCAUCUAGACAAGAAUGAACAGACAAAUAUUGAGCAUAAGGUGGAUACUUUUGCUUCGGUCUACAAGAAACUUACGGGUCGUGACGUAACGUUUGAAUUUCCUGAACCCUACUUGUAAUAAGUUACAAAUUGUCAUUCAAAUAAAAACAAAGAAAAUUUA